UAAGAUUCAAACAAGAGAUAGCUAGGGCUUGAGAGAGGAAUCUGCGAAUGAAACCAAAUAAUCUUUCUUAAUAUGGUUAUUUCCAUGAUUCUAGUUUAGAUUGAACUGACUGCGUUUUGGAGUUUGCUGUUUUCAGCAAAAAAAUCUGCAAGCUACAGAUCCUAAAGUGUUUGUGAAAAAUGAUGGGAGCUGAUAAUCAUGCACUCUCUUCUCUCACUUCAUCUUCUUCAUCCAUCCGAGCCAGUUACAGCCAAAACCCUAACCCUACCCCAAAUCCAGCCAAGAGAAAGAGAAACCUCCCUGGAAACCCAGAUCCGGACGCAGAAGUGAUAGCCAUGUCCCCAAAGUCUCUAAUGGCGACGAACCGCUUCGUAUGCGAAAUCUGCAACAAGGGUUUCCAGAGAGACCAGAACCUGCAGCUUCACAGGAGAGGGCACAACCUGCCAUGGAAGCUGAAGCAGAGAAGCAGCAAGGAGGUGGUGAGGAAGAAGGUUUACAUAUGUCCAGAAAAGAGCUGUGUGCACCACCACCCUUCUAGGGCUCUUGGAGACUUGACUGGGAUCAAGAAACACUUCAGUAGAAAACAUGGGGAGAAGAAGUGGAAGUGUGAUAAGUGUUCCAAGAAAUAUGCUGUUCAUUCUGACUGGAAAGCCCAUAAUAAGAUUUGUGGUACUAGAGAGUAUAAAUGUGACUGUGGAACUCUCUUCUCUAGAAAGGAUAGUUUUAUCACACACAGAGCUUUUUGUGAUGCUUUAGCAGAAGAAAGUUCAAGAUUCACUUCACUAAGAUCCCCCAAUCAGACCUGUCGACAGGAUCUAUUCAACAGCUCCGCCGCCGGCGGUGGCUUAUUUUCAUCAGCCCUCCAACAUUAUCAAUUUGGGUCUCAUUUCUCUAGGAUGCCACCGCCUUGUCACGACUUAAUGGGCGGUGGCAGCGGUGGUUGCUUUGACUCCGCGAGUCAACUCACUCUAGAUGGUCAAAAACCUAGGUAUCCCCUGUGGCCGGACUCUGCCGCCGCCUAUUCUCAUGACGCUCAACAUCAUAUGACACUCCCUCAAGAGAUGUUUGUGUGGAGCGGCGGCAAUCCGACGUCGCCAUCCAACGCGUCGACAUUGCCGCCAGAUCCAAGGGAAGAAGAUCCCAUGCGGGGCGGGAUGACAACAACGUCUUUGUUUUACAACCAAAGCCGAGAAGCGCCGCCGCCGGUGACGGGAUUGUAUACGUCGGCGACGGCGCUGCUCCAGAAGGCGGCACAAAUGGGGUCAAGGAGGAGCAAGGAGUCAGCAGCAUUGUUUGGGAUGAAUGAAUUUGGGCUGACGUGUCCGGCCACCAUGUCUGCUGGUUCUAGCAUUAACGGCUGCUUCAACGACAUUGCCGGAAGUACCGCCGGAAAAGCUCUUCAUCAAGAUCAUCAAAACAUUUUUGGGAACUCGAGAAUGGCGGUUAAUGGUGAAGGUAACAACAACAAUAACAGCAAUGGGUUGUGGAUGAUGAUUCAAAACAAGGGAAACCAACAUGAUCAAAUAGUGGAUUUGAGUUUGACUAGGGAUUUUCUUGGCGUAGGUGGGAUUCACGAAAGUAAGCACCUUUUCGGACAGAAUGAUUUAGCCGAAUUGAGUUUUUGUUAAUGGAUCUCACUUUUUAAUUUUUUUUUGUGAUCAUAAUAAUGGGGUGUCACACUAAUGGAUCAUCUAUACGAGUGUAGGUACUUGGAUACUGAAUUUGUUAUUUAAAUUUCCUAUGAUAAUUUAUAGAGGCUAGCUAGGAUGGUCUAAUGCGACGGUUACAUCAACCUAGAAUUAUUUAAGGUCCGUUUAAGCAGUCAAAUAGUCCAUGCAUAAUUGCAUACCCAUUACCAAAACUCUUGUAGUCUUGUUAUUAUAUCUAGGUAUCUUUGACUAGAGUGGACCGAGAAAAUUCAUGUUGGAGGGUUCAAAAUAUUUUUUGGGAGUGAAAAUUAUUUUUUGAAAGGGCGAAAAUUAUUUUUCUUAUAUAUAUACACUAAAAAAAAUUGUUGGAGGGGCGGUAGCCCCUGGAUCUGUGCUACGGCCCGCCCCUGAUCUUUGCUCAAAGAAAAAAAAAGUAUGUUUUUGAAUAUUCGACAGGUCCUGGGAAUAAAGGUGUGCUAUUAGCCUAUUAUGUUGUGUCUCUUUUAGCUAGAAUUUUAGGUCUAUUUAAGUUUAGAUUCAUUGAAAUUUUGAUUCAUUGGUUUAAACGAGGAAUUUAAUGAAAGAAAUUUUGGAUGGAGCAAGAUUGUACGACGUAUAUGCAAUUUAGAUGAUGAAGGCUAACUGUCUGGUUUUCAUGAGACGGUGAUAAUUAAUUGUAUACUAUCGGUAUGUUAAGAUCGAUAAUUGAGUUUGAUAACUUGAUGGCUUUUUGUGUGAUACUUGUAAUUGUGUCUCUAUUAAACACAUAACGUUUGAUUUGUAUAUAAAGUUGUGUUAUAAUUAAAAUAAACAAGCUUGAAGUUA